AUGCACAAGCACAAUCCUCCAGUCAACCGCGCAGCCGUACCUGUGCUGGUUGGCCUCUGUCUUCUCUUCGUCAUGCUUCUGGCUGGCCGUUUCAUAUUCGUUGAUCGCGAAUCCUCCAGUUCCAACGAGCUGAAUCUCGAUCUUUCCUCGUCUGCAGCCUCUUCUACGUCGUCUUCGUUAACCUACGUCCAUAAAAACGUUCGUCGUCGGGUUGGAACAUACCAAGGCAUUGAAGCUGCUUUCAAGAAUCUCGGCAUCUUACCGACUGACCUCAUCAAGUUUCCAGGGUCAUGUGCCAACAGCAGUACCGACCGGAUUGGAGGACGCGGUCCUGAGGCAGUUCGGACCCUUGUGCUGGAUGAGAUCUUUGACGGAGUUAGCCCAUUCGAGGAUUUCCCAUCUGAAGCCGUCCGUCCGCUGCUGAAAAAGCGCAUGCGCCUCCGCGGUUGGGGAUCCAACAAUUCUGUCUUUGAAAGGCUCAUUCGGGAGGUCCGACCUCACUUGAUCAUCGAAGUUGGCUCAUUCUUAGGCGCCUCUGCUAUAAACAUGGCUCUUAAGGCUCAGGAGCUGGGUCUGGAUCCCGUCACAAUUCUAUGCCUCGAUGACUUCCGUGGUUGGCCUGGGUUCCGCAACUCCUUCCGUCAAAUAAAACACGUCAACGGAGACGCUGUGUUGCUGCAGUAUUUCAUGAAGAAUGUUGUCGAAGCCGGUCAGGAGAAGGUGAUCCUCCCACUGCCGUUUUCCACUGCUCACUCGCUCAAAGCCCUGUGUGACUGGGGCGUCCAGGCAGACCUGGUGGAGGUAGACGCAGGCCAUGAUUUUCACUCUGCCUGGUUGGAUAUCAAUCUCGCGUACCGGUUACUGAGGCCAGGAGGAGUUAUGUUUGGACACGACUACUUCAGCAAAGCAGACAACUCCGGAGUACGGAGAGCAAUCACUCUCUUCGCUACACUCAGAGGAAUGUGGGUGGAGCCUGAUGGGGAGCACUGGAUUCUGCGGCAAGGACCUGCUGCACCUGGCAUGGCUGCUGUGCAGGGUGCCAGCGUUUCUGCUACAGAACCAGAUGUAACCAAGGAGGAAGAAGACAAUGAGAAUUAG